UGCAGGCUGUAUCCAAUGGAAUUGUAGGGUUAGUUGCCGCUGCUAGGUCGUCUUCUUCAAUCGUCUUUACUUCCUUAACUCGUCAAAAUGACCAAGAGGACCAAGAAGGCUGGUAUUGUCGGCAAGUAUGGUACCCGUUAUGGGGCUAGUUUGAGGAAGCAGAUUAAGAAGAUGGAGGUCAGUCAGCACAGCAAGUAUUUUUGUGAGUUCUGUGGGAAGUAUGCCGUGAAGAGGAAGGCUGUUGGUAUUUGGGGCUGCAAAGAUUGUGGUAAAGUCAAAGCAGGGGGUGCCUAUACGCUCAACACUGCAAGUGCUGUCACUGUUAGGAGCACCAUUCGAAGGCUAAGGGAGCAGACAGAGAGCUAGACACUGGAAUCUGAAUGUCUUAUGCAAGUUGAAUGUUUGAUUUUGCUUUGCUUAUAUGUACUCAUGUUUCAACUCAAAUUGCUUACAUCUGGAUCCUUUCCAGCA